AGUCGGUUCAUCCCCAAGUAUAAAAAUACUAGAAACCUUUUCGAAUUCGACGCGCAUUCCUUCCUUAUUCAAACCAAUAUAAAUGCGCCCGCCUUGUUCAAAGCCGCAAAACAGGUCUCUCCAUUCCCACCCUACCAAAGAAUAAUGAGCACCUGCAAUUGUUUCGAGGGAAUGGAAUUCGGAGGAGAGAAGAAAAAGGUGGUUGUCGUUGGUGGAGGAGUUGCGGGUUCCUUACUCGCUAAGUCUCUGCAAUUCGAUGCCAACGUUACCCUUAUUGACCCGAAGGAGUAUUUUGAGAUAACAUGGGCUAGCUUGAGGUCCAUGGUGGAGCCAUCAUUUGCUGAGAGAUCGGUGAUCUACCAUAGAGAUUACUUUAUAAAUGGGCGCAUUGUUACAUCUACUGCAGCAAACAUCACUGACGCUGAAGUCUUGACUGCGGAUGGCGAGUCAAUUGCCUAUGAUUAUCUUGUCAUUGCCACUGGACACAAAGAUCCUGUGCCCAAAACAAGGGCAGAGAGACUUGAGCUGUACAAAGCAGAAAAUGAGAAGAUAAAAGCAGCUCGUUCCAUUUUGAUUGUUGGAGGAGGUCCCACUGGUGUUGAACUUGCUGGGGAGAUUGCAGUUGAUUUUCCAGAUAAGAAGGUUACUAUAGUGCACAAGGGUCCAAGGUUGCUGGAAUUUAUUGGAUUCAAGGCUGCUAAGAAGACUUUGGAUUGGCUAAAGUCUAAGAAUGUUGAAGUGAAGUUGGAGCAAUCUGUCAACUUGAAUUCUGUAUCAGAUGGAGGCAAAGUUUAUCAAACCUCGGUUGGAGAAACCAUUGAAGCGGAUUGCUAUUUCCUAUGUACAGGGAAACCACUAGGCUCUGCGUGGCUUCGUGAGAGUCUAUUGAAGACUAAUUUGGAUAAGGGUGGAAGGUUGAUGGUUGAUGAGCAUCUGAGAGUCAAGGGUCACAAGAAUAUUUUUGCAAUUGGGGACAUCACUGAUAUUCCAGAAUUGAAGCAAGGUUAUUUGGCUCAAAAUCAUGCCUCGGUGGUUGCAAAAAACUUGAAGCUAUUGAUGGCAGGAGGAAAAGAGAGCAAAAUGGCCAGUUAUAAGCCUGGUUCAGCAAUGGCCAUGGUCUCACUUGGAAGGAAAGAAGCUGUUGCACAAUUUCCUUUCAUGACCGUGAGUGGUUGUAUUCCUGGCAUGGUCAAAUCCAAAGACUUGUUUGUGGGCAAGACAAGAAAGGUGAUGGGUGUAUAAUGCAAAAUCCUCCAUAUAGAGGAUUCUAUUACGGUUUUGAGUGUAUAGGAAUUAAAUUAUUAUAUAUUUUCUAGUAGUUUGUAUUUUUUAGGAUUUGAUAUGUUUCAAUAAAGAUUCAUAUUGAGAGUGAAAUUUGGGAUAUUAGGUUUUCUCUUUGCACUUUGUCUCUUUAAUUAUAAAAAAAAAUGCCUUUCUUAUUCUACAUCAAAUUGCCAGCUUGAUUAUUGCUGUUUUAAUGGUGUGUUGGGAAAUUUACUAGCUUAGACAUUUAGUUCUGCAUGAGGUGGGGAUAGACAGUGCAGAAAUUCCAUCAUCCAAGAACCCCACUUUUUUUAGGCGAGGUAUUUAUGGAAUUCUUCAUCCAGAAACUCCUACUGCAACAAAAUCUUUUGAUUUAAAGACCCAGGUGGCAGGGGAUACGGAAGAAGACCCCAUCAAUCAAUCCCUUCACAACUACCCAUCUGUCAUUGCCACCUCUUAUUAUAUCACCAUUUCUCGCAAUUGUUUUCAAUUCUGUAAUUUUCCUUUAUGGAUUAGGAGUAGAAUAAAACAGUAAUUCCUCU